UUAACUGUAUUGCGUCUGAAUGAAAGCAACCAACUGACACUAAAACAAAAUGUUUCAACGGUAUUGAGUUAUUCUGUUUUGAGUUCAUACAGGAUGGAUAAUCAAUAAAGUCUUUCGAAGACACUGCUUUGUAGCUUUUACUUCUGUGCUUGGUGUCUACCAGCAUCUCCUCAAGAGUCAGGAUGAGUGCGAGGCAGUGUAAGAACUGCGGUGGAGCAGAUAUAGACAUAGACCAGGCACGUGGAAGUGCUGUGUGCACCGCCUGUGGUUCUGUACUUGAGGACAACAUCAUUGUCUCUGAGGUGCAGUUUGUGGAAAACAGCGGAGGAGGAGCGUCUGCUAUCGGACAGUUCGUGUCUGCUGAUGGUCCUACGAAGGCCCCAAUACUUGGAACCGGCUUCCACACAAGUCUUGGGAAGGAAUCACGUGCUCAGACACUUCAGAACGGGAAACGACAAAUACACAGCCUGGGCAGCCAGCUGCAGCUGAACCAGCACUGCUUAGACACAGCCUUCAACUUCUUCAAGAUGGUCGUGAGCAAGCAUCUGACAAGAGGGCGCAAGAUGGCCCACGUCAUAGCUGCCUGCCUCUAUCUGGUGUGCCGAACAGAGGGCACCCCUCACAUGCUCCUGGACCUGAGUGAUCUUUUACAGGUGAACGUGUACAUUCUGGGAAAGACCUUUCUGCUGUUGGCCAGAGAACUUUGCAUCAACGCACCUGCUGUCGAUCCAUGCUUGUAUAUUCCACGCUUUGCUCACAUGUUGGAGUUUGGAGAGAAAACCCAUGAAGUCUCUAUGACUGCACUGAGACUGCUGCAGAGGAUGAAGAGGGACUGGAUGCAUACAGGACGCAGACCAUCUGGACUCUGUGGUGCAGCUCUGUUGGUGGCAGCUCGCAUGCACGAAUUCCGCCGCACGGUGAAGGAGGUCAUUGGCGUGGUGAAAGUCUGUGAGGCGACUCUCAGGAAGAGGCUGACAGAAUUUGAGGACACACCUACCAGUCACUUGACUAUUGAUGAGUUCAUGCGAGUGGACCUGGAGGAGGAGUGCGAUCCCCCGUCUUUCACUGCUGGUCAAAAGAAGAUAAAGAUCCAACAGCUGGAACAGGAGCUGUCCAGGAAGCUCGAUGAAUAUCAAGGUGAGAUCAGCUCCUAUCAGGAGGAGAUUGAGACAGAACUGGAGAACAGCAAGCCUAAACUGAGAGGAAUUUAUGCCAUGUAUGCAAAAGAAGACACCAAUGGCAGUCUGUCUCUGGUGUCGGACCUCGUGGGAGAUGAAGAGGAAACACAAGAUGAGGAGAUGGAGGCUGCAGCUCAGCACCUCACUGAGGAAAUCAUCAACCAGGUGUUACCUAAUCUGGAACAGGGACCUCAGGGGGGCACAGAGGCACAGGAGCAGGGCAAAGAGGCAGCAGAACUGCCCAGCGACUCCACUCGUGUGCCACUGACUUUACUGCUUGGCCCGUUUCCCAGCGUUGCCAGCCUUGGUCUUACAGACUCCAUCCGCCAAUGCCUGUCUGACGAGGGGGAGGAUGAGGACAAGUCGGAUAACGGCGAGCUUGAUCUGGAAGGUAUUGAUGAGGACGAGAUCGAAAAGUACAUUCUCAAUGAGAACGAGGUCCAGGCUAAGACAGAGCUGUGGAUGAAGCAAAACGAGGAGUAUCUAAGAGAACAGAAAGAAAAAGAAGAGAGGAUAGCUAAGGAGAAAGAACAAGGGAUCUAUAAGGAGAAGCCAAAAAAGUCAUCCAAAAGGCGAGAGCCCAUUCGGGCCAGCACUGCAGGAGAGGCAAUAGAGAAGAUGUUGGAACAGAAGAAGAUUUCAAGCAAAAUCAAUUACGAUGUACUAAGAGACUUGAACAGCAAAGGCAGCAGCAGCCCAGCAGAUAAGACAGAGGAAGUGUCUGGUAUCGUCCCUGGACGUAAGAAGCUCACUCGCCGUAAGAAACAGCCCAACAAGAGCAAUCUGGGUCUGGCAAAGCCUGCAAGCCUCAUGGGGAAAAGGCUCCGCCCCCUAAUAUCGUCAAAUCACAAGAAGAAAAGAGCAGCUAUACAGAUUGUGCCAAAAGCUGUGAUACUGCCCUCAGUGACUCCUGAGACUCCUCCCCCUGACCCUACUCCUCCUCCAGUCGUUGAGAGUGGCCCUGUGGCAUAUGAGGAACCCACCGAGGAAGAGGAGGAUGAAGAGGUGGAAGAGCCCUGUGUUAGUGCUCUGAAGCUCAUGGGAGGGAACGAAUAUGGCUGUGAAGUCGAAGAGGAGGAAGUUUUUUAGUGUGUAGUUUUUGUCGUCCCACCAGCAAGCCAUGAUUUCAUCAGCCACAGAGAUGCUUUCUCUCCGAUAUAGAGACAGGAGAGAGAGA